AUGAGAAUCUUUUUUUAAUUCUUUUAAAUAAACUAGGAUUACCCUAGAUAGUACUCUUCUUCAAAUUAAGUAGUACUAGAUGGUUUUAGUACAGAGCAUAUUAUUUUUACAGAGACUUAUAUAUUUGAACUUUAUACUACAUAAUCAAGAACUGAUAAUGGUGUCUUUAGAAUUUUCAUUACUCAAGAAAUGAUUUGUUGUAGAAUAUAGUAAUAACAGGUUUGUGUUAUUUAAGAGUUAUCUUGGUUGAUAGUAAAAAAUACUGAGGGUGAAAAUAUUGAUGAUUAACAAACCGAUUUAAAUGCACCAGCUGAAGUAGAAAUAAAAAUAUUAUUCUAGAUUUUCAAAUCUACCAAUUCAACAGCAGUAUUAGAAAUUGAUUCCCCUGUAAUUUUUGUUUCCAGUCCAUAUAAUUAUUCACCAUUACUUUAAGGUUCCUCAGAAUAGAAACAUCCUAAAAAAUCGAAAUCCAUAUUGACGAAAUCUGAAAAAAUUAGCUUGUUGUAUUUGGUAUCAAUCUAAUUUCCAUAUUAAAAAUAUGUUAGAUAAGCAGUAGUAGGAGGAUAAGUGGAUGUCUUAAUUGAUUCUGGUGUCCCCUAUCUAAAUACUGCAGCUAUGUACGUUAUUCCAUCACUUCCUGUAAAUGGUUUUACCUCGGCUGUUUCAAAGACAUUAGUAACCAAAUCAAAAUAGGACUACCUUUUAUUUUUUUUACUCAAAAAAACUAAAAAAUCAGGACCACUUGGAUACGUAACUAAAUUCUAAAAGUAUUAAGUUAAUUUUGUACAUUUUGCUUACAUGUUUUAAAAUGUUAGGAAUACCCUACUCAAAAAUUCAAAGAUUGAUAAACUGCCAUCAUCUAAUCAAUUUAUUUAAGUUCUACUCCAAUUAUAGAUAGGUGUUUCAUCCAAGCAACAAUAUUUCCUUAAUUUUAAAAUUAUGAUAGGAACAUUUUUUGCACUCUGGAUCCACAAAGGAUAGUUUUAUCCCAGACCAAUUUCCAGUGGUAAUAUUGGAGUAUUCCCACAUUUUGGUUAGGAAAAAUAUGAAGACGCUGCAGUUUCUUCAAUUGUAAAGUAUAAUCUUAUUGGAAGAAUAGAUAAAGAAAUAGGUACCUUAUCCUUUCUCAGAGCCGAUAUCAAGGAAUUCCAACUUUUAAGAAUCAAUUCCAAAAUAUGCAUUUGA